GCGACAUGCCGUGUAACGUCCGUAGAAACAGCGGAGUCACUUUCUUUGUGUGAGAAAGUUUGUGUUGUGGUCCGUCAGAGCCUCUGUGUGUCCGGAUGAACGUGUCUGAAUGGACUUUGUGCUGUUCACCUUUUCUUUCUGGAUGUUUUACCUCUGACUCAUCUCCCGCUAGACUACAAACACAUUCAAGUUAGCUUAGCAUUCUUGCUGGUCAGCACCGCGGCGCUAGUCAGAGUGACUGAGGGACAGCAAACUGUGUUUCUGACGGUGUUUGUGUGGAGAAAAGUUGGUGUCACUGUGUGAAAAAUGUCUAAAGUCCAAACGGUGAGAGCGCUGGUGGAGCAGCGACUGACUGCGGCUGCUGAAGAGAUAUUUGGGCUGUUUGAAAGAACGAUAGCAGAGUACGAGGAGGAACUUUGUCGUUCAAGAGAGAAGAACGAGCGACAACAGAAACUACUGGACGCUGUUUUCAACCCUCAGCUUCACUCACAUAGAGCAGACGUGCAGCAGCUGUCGGUGAGUGCAGAAGAGUUUCCCUCUGAGCAGCAGGAGAGGAGCUGCAGUCUAGAACAGGACCAGGACCAGGAGGAGCCAGAGCCCCCACACAUUAAAGAGGAACAGGGGGAACCACAGACCAGUCAGGAGGGAGAGCAGCUUCAGGGGCUCACAUUCACUCCUGUCCCUGUGAAGAGUGAAGAAGAUGAAGAGAAACCUCAGUCCUCACAGCUUCAUCAAACAAAAACGGAACAGAUGGAAACAGAAGCUGAUGUAGAGGACUGUGGAGGACCAGAACCAGACAGGAAAUCUGAUCCAGAGCAACAUUUACAACCUGAUACUGAGGAGGAGCCUGCAAACUCUUUUGAACCUGAGACUGAUGACAGUGGUGAUUGGAAGGAGUCAGGUUUGAACUGUUUGAAAAAAGAUGGCGGUCCUGUCAGAGAUUCCAGAUUUUGUGCUUGUGAGAAACGACUUAGCUGCUCUGAGUGUGGGAAAAGAUAUGCCUACAAGCAAGAUCUAAAGAGACACAUGGUUUCUCAUACAGGAGAGAAACCUUUCAGCUGCUCAGUUUGUAGGAAAUCUUUUACACAGAGUGGAACUUUAAAGUCACACAUGAGACUCCACACAGGAGAGAGACCUUUCAGCUGCUCAGUUUGUAGGAAAUCUUUUACACAGAGUGGAACUUUAAAAGCACACAUGAGACUCCACACAGGAGAAAGACCUUUCAGCUGCUCAGUUUGUAAGAAAACUUUUACACGGAGUGGACAUUUGAAUUUACACAUGAGACUACACACAGACGUGCAGCAGCUGUCGAUGAGGGAAGAAGAGUUUCCCUCUGAGCAGCAGGAGAGGAGCUGCAGUCUGGACCAGGACCAGGAAGAGCCAGAGCCCCCACACAUUAAAGAGGAACAGGAGGAACCUCGGACCAGUCAGGAGGGAGAGCAGCUUCAGGGGCUCACAUUCACUCCUGUCCCUGUGAAGAGUGAAGAAGAUGAAGAAAAACCUCAGUCCUCACAGCUUCAUCAAACACAAACUGAACAGAUGGAAACAGAAGCUGAUGGAGAGGACUGUGGAGGACCAGAACCAGACAGGAAAUCUGAUCCAGAGCCACAUUUACAACCAGAUGCUGGUGAUGAGCCUGCAGACGCUUCUGGACCUGAGACUGAUGACAGUGCUGAUUGGAAGGAGACCAGAGAACCUCAGUCAGGUUUGAAUUGUUUGAAAAAAGAUGGUGGCCCUGUCAGAGAUUCCAGAUUUAGUGCUUGUGAGAAACGACUUAGCUGCUCUGAGUGUGGGAAAAGAUAUGGCUACAAGCAAGAUCUGAAGAGACACAUGGUUUCUCAUACAGGAGAGAAACCUUUCAGCUGCUCAGUUUGUAGGAAAUCUUUUACACAGGGUGGAACUUUAAAGUCACACAUGAGACUCCACACAGGAGAGAGACCUUUCAGCUGCUCAGUUUGUAAGAAAACGUUUACACGGAGUGGACAUUUGAAUGCACACAUGAGACUACACACAGGAGUGAGACCUUUCAGCUGCUCAGUUUGUAAGAAAACUUUUAGACAGAGUGGACAUUUGAAUUCACACAUGAGAUUACACACAGUUGAGAAACUUUUCAGCUGCUCAGUUUGUAAGAAAACUUUUACACAAAAUAUCUAUUUAAGGAAACACAUGAGACGCCACACAGGAGAGAAACUUUUCAGCUGCUCAGUGUGUGCUAAAUCUUUUGCACAAAGUGGGUAUUUAAAGAAACACAUGAGAGUCCACACAUGAGAGAAUCCUUUCAUAAAUAUGCUGGCCACUCGUCCUCAAAGAUUCAUCAAACUGAGAAGAACAAAGAGGCAGAGCCUGCAUUCAGCAGCCCACAUGAAGAGAUGCAAACCUCUUUUUCAAUCUUUUUUAAGGACUCGAGAAAGAUUUUCAAGUCUUUUUUAAAUGCCACAAAACUUGUAGUAUUUUUUAUUAAUAUUCAUUCUGUGUGUAUGAAAUGUACCUACAAUAUAAUUAAACAAUACUUUCUUUUUCAUGAUGUGAUAUAUUAAUUUCCUCUCUGUUUAUUUUUAGUUUUUUUUUACAAAACACAAGUUCACAAACUGACAUUUUAAUUAAAUAUUUGGUUGUAAAAGUGUAACAAUUACAACGUUAUGUUUUUUAAACAGCAAAACAAAAUAAAAACAUUCUUGGUUUACCAAA